AUGCCUCUAUCUCUUCCAAAAUCCGGCUUUGCCUCGCGCGAGCAAGAGGAUACCGAAACCUCACACAUUGCACGAACAGCUCCUCCUUCUCCAACUACAUACAGACGAUCUCAAAGCUACCUUUCCGAGACGCAUACCGAGUAUCAGUCCCUUGAUGCGCCCUUAGAAAUUUCGGAAACAACCCGUUUGCUCGGGUCCGCCCAGGACGUCCGGCGACGAGCUCCUCGCCGAUCAUACACCAGCACUUCUGGAGUGUCAGGUACCGGCCCGGACUCGCUCAGGCACCUUUUGGCGGCCGGUAGUCUACGGCGGACGCGAAAUCAUAGCCGUGCCAACUCCACGGGUAGGCGAUUGAGUCGGCGAGGCAGUGUAGACAACGAUAGUAGACCCGCCAGCCUCCCUCCGUCCACUAAAGACAACCUGACUGCAUCUUCGUUUCUGGAUGAGCGAACUUGGUACGAUCAAUUCACUUCUACGGAUUGGGUGCAUGAUAGUAUCGCCGAUGGAGCCCGGCUCCGCCUACUUCGCCAAAGGAAAGAUGUGCGAGGUCGAUUGCUGGCGGCCUUUGACGGUGCGCAAGGGUGGAUAUUGGUCGCGCUCAUUGGAUGCAUCACGGCCUGCAUUGCUUAUUUCGUCGAUGUUACCGAGGGUGCGGUAUUUGAUCUGAAGGAAGGCUUCUGCACGACCAAGUACUUCCGCAAUCGGCGGAGCUGCUGUGAAGGUCUAGCUGUUUGUGAUGAAUGGCGACCCUGGUCUAGGAUCUUCUCAUCCGAUCCUGGGAAUCAGUGGAUUGAUCUCGUAAUGUUCAUCUUUUGGGUUGUGACAUUGGCUCUCAUAUCGUGUGCGUUAACGCUGCUCACGAAAACCGUGGUUCCCUCGUCCAUUUCUCUCGCUACGCUUGAUGAAAAUCUGGGUGCCGACUCUCGUGGUACAAGAUCUGCGAUUGGGCUCGAUGAUUCGGACUCACCUCUUUCGGAGGUAGAAACGAGUUCUCCCUCAUAUGGAACUUUGCCCAGCUUCCCGUCCCAUCCAGCGAUGAUCUACUAUUCUGCUGCUGGCAGUGGAGUGGCAGAAGUUAAGGUCAUCAACAGUGGCUUUGUACUUCACGGGUAUAUGGGACUCAAGACGCUGGUUGUGAAAACAAUUGGCUUGAUCUUCAGUGUUUCCUCUGGUUUGAGCUUAGGUAAAGAAGGCCCAUAUGUCCAUAUCGCCACUUGCGUUGGCAAUAUCUGUUGUCGUCUGUUCGCCAAGUAUAACCAGAAUGAUGGCAAGAGACGUGAGGUUCUGAGCGCCAGUGCCGCCAGCGGUGUUGCUGUCGCCUUUGGUGCUCCUAUUGGUGGCGUACUCUUCAGCUUGGAGGAAGUCAGCUAUUAUUUCCCACCCAAGACCCUUUUCAGGACAUUUUUCUGCUGUAUCGCAGCUACCUUAACUCUCAAGUUCCUCAAUCCAUAUGGAACAGGCAAGAUUGUUCUCUUUGAGGUUCGAUAUCUAUCCGACUGGGAGAUGUUCGAGAUGCUUAUAUUUGUCGCUCUUGGUAUUUUGGGAGGUGCCGCCGGUGCGCUAUUUAUCAAAGCCUCGAGCCUGUGGGCACGAUCAUUCCGUCGCAUUCCAGUGAUCAAGCGUUGGCCAAUGCUUGAAGUUUUCCUCGUUGCGCUGAUCACAGGUCUUGUCAGCUUCUGGAAUCGAUACACCAGACUUCCUGUCACCGAACUUCUAUUUGAGCUAGCUACUCCUUGCGAAUCGGAUGUGGAAAGUACGGGACUGUGUCCUCGUGCAGAUGGCAUUCUUGACGUUAUUAAAUACCUUCUGGCGGCGUUUGUUAUCAAGAGUUUCUUGACUAUCAUCACGUUCGGCAUCAAAGUGCCCGCUGGUAUUUAUGUGCCAUCCAUGGUGGUUGGCGGUUUGAUGGGACGCAUUGUUGGGCAUUUGAUCCAAUACUGGGCUCUCAGACACCCUACCUUUUUCUUGUUCGACUCUUGUCCUGCGGGUAAUGGUAUUGAGUCGUGCGUGACGCCAGGGGUCUAUGCCUUAAUCGCCGCUGGAGCGACCAUGUGCGGUGUGACCCGGUUGUCGGUUACUUUGGCAGUGAUCUUGUUCGAAUUGACAGGAAGUCUCAACCAUGUCCUUCCGUUCUCUCUAUCGGUGCUUUGCGCUAAGUGGACUGCGGAUGCCAUUGAACCACGCAGCAUCUAUGAUCUCUUGACGGAUAUGAAUUCCUAUCCCUUCUUGGAUAGUAAGCUACAACCAACUUCCGAUGCCGAAUUGGGAGACAUAGUUCGACCGGUACGGAAGAACCGCAUCAUCGAUAUUUCUGCGUCGCCCUUCUUGCCAGCCACGGAGCUCCGUUCGAAACUAGAACAUCUGCUCAUGGCAGGCGAGCUGGAUAGCGGACUUCCCAUUCUACGAGAUGGUGUCCUGACCGGUCUGAUCCCAGCACCUGAUCUGGAGUAUGCACUGGAUACGCUAGGCGAGGAGGAAGAAAAUACAAUCUGCCUGAUGACCAUGGACGCUUCCACUGCGAUUUAUGAUAGUGAGAAUGAGGAUGCCGAGCAAGUGGAUUUCAGUCGGUUCAUUGACCCAGCUCCAAUUGCCCUUGAUACUCACUCCCCUAUCGACUUGGUUUACCAAUGCUUCGCAAAGCUCGGUCUUCGUUAUCUCUGUGUUACUCGGGACGGUAAAUACGCCGGCCUGGUCCAUAAGAAGUCAUUCGUGAAAUUCAUGAAGGAAAAUAGCGAUUAA